AUGUAUAAAAUGAUGCCAUCUCGCUGUCAAUCUUACACAACCUUGCCUCGUCCUGAACCUGAAAUAAUAGACGAGAUUGUUUAUAACAACAAAAAUCAACAAAUAUAUGGGGGACAUGAAGAGAUACAUUCACAGUUUCGGGCACCUAUUAGAAGUGUCUCACGCUCAAUUAAUUCCAAAAAUCCAUCUAUUAAUUUUUCUCCUUCACACUUUCCCUAUGCUAACGGUGGAUUUGUUAAUCCAACGAAUAUAGAAAAUAAUUUUGAUAUUAAUUGGUCUUCCGAUCAUGAGACAGAAACUAUUCCAUGGAGUACAAUAUCUUUAACUAGUUGGUUAACUGUAAGUUUUAUUAUCUUUAUAUUCACACUUUUUUGUAUCCACACGUUAUUUACAAACACAAAAGUUAGAAAUUACAAUUAUUAUUUAGAUAAAAAACAGUUUAAAGACAAAAAGUCAGGUAUGAAAUGCUGA